AUGAGAGGAAGGCGACUAGUCUGUGGAAUUUGGAGUCUGUGUUUCCUGUUCUGUCUUUUCUGCAUCUUUCUUCAUCAAACAACAGCUAAAAGAAAACUGAAGUUUGUGUCCCUAGUAUUUCGCCAUGGUGAUCAUACCCCACAGGAGUUUUUCCCAACUGAUAAGCAUAAAGAAAUUGCUAGACAACAGGGAUAUGGCCAACUUACCAAGCUUGGCAUACAACAACAGUAUGAGCUUGGCCAGUACCUGCGGAGGAGAUACUCUCACUUCCUGAGCAUUGUAUACAAGCAGUGUGAGAUUUAUGUUCAAAGCACUGACUGUGAUCACACACUUAUGAGUGCUCAGGCAAGUCUUGCUGGACUGUACCUUCCAACACAGGAUCAGAUUUGGAACCCCAAAAUCCUUUGGCAGCCAAUUCCAGUUCACACAAUGCCACUGUCACAGGAUAAUUUGCUAUACCUACCUUUCUCACACUGCCCAAAAUACAAGGAGCUUCUGAAAGAAACCUUUGCAACAAGGGAUUUCCAAAGGCAAUUCAAGCACUACAAGCAAUUUCUGAAGUUUUUAGCCACUCAUACAGGAUAUCCAGUGAAGAAGUUGACUAGUGAAAGGAUUUGGAAGCUCUCUGACACUUUACAAUAUGAGGAUAUUAACAAUUACACUUUACCUGUUUGGGCUACUCAUGGUGUCAGGACCAAGCUGAUAAAGCUGUCAGAAUUGUUAUUGCAGGCGGAAUUUGGGUUCCACAAACAAAUACAAAAAUCACGUUUGCAGGGAGGUAUUCUUUUAAAAACUAUUCUAAAGCAUAUCUUAGAUGCUAGAAAGCCUUCAUACCAUCAAAAAAUGGUUAUGUAUUCCACGCAUGCAACCACCAUUGCUGCCUUACAGAUGGCACUCAAUGUCUUCAAUGGGAAAUUGCCUCCUCACAGUGCCUGCCAUUUUUUUGAACUUUACCAGGAAAAAAAUGGGCAAUACACCAUAGAAAUGUACUACAGGAACAAUUCUUCGAGGGAGCCUCACCCCCUCACUCUCCCUGGCUGCAAAUUUCACUGUCCCCUGGAGAGAUUUACUCAUCUGGUCUCUCCUAUCCUCAUACCCUAUUGGACAAGAGAAUGUAGAAUGUAG